ACUAUCGUAAUAUAUAAAUAGAUGAACCUUUAGACUCGGCAUCAAUGGCUGCAAUAUUUUCCCUCUUUCGCACACCCAAACCUUUCUUCUCCGUCUAUUCGCCGCCGCGGCCGGCGGUCGGAAUCUGUUUCAUUCCCUUCAUUUAUUCUUCAACUACUGCUGCUCUGUCCUUCUCUAGCCUGCCUUAUGGUCCAUCCCUAAAGAAAGGGCAUUGCCCUUUCCCCUCCGACUACCCUCCCCUAAGCUAUGCCUCCGACGACGAAAAAGUUGCAGUCUUGGACGAGUCUGCUUUCACUCGUAUCUUCGAUGUCUCCGCUCUCAGAGUUCCAUCUGAUAUCUGCUCCACGCUAGAAAGCCGCCUCCGCGGCCACCUUCUCAAUUGGCCCCGCGUUAAGAACAUCGCCAGAGUCCCUGGGGACGAAAUUGAUGCCGAAUUCAAGCACUUAUUGAGUCCAACCGAUGAAGAUCUAGUAUCGUUGAACCGGAGGAUUUUUGGGAAAGCGGAAGGGGAUGGGGAGCCGCUAAAUGAGGUUUUGUAUCGUGACAAGCUCGCUAGAACAUUUAAUUCUCGAGGGUACGCUAAGUUCAGGAAUUUAGCAAAAAUGUCAAGACCGAAGAGGAAGAGAACGAAAAAAAUGGAUGAUGGCGAGAAAAGAUUUAUGAAGGGCACCGUGAAGAAUGAGGUGAUCCUGGUUGAGGUGGUUGAGGACGAAGAAGAAAAUGGCGAUGGUGAGGAUUUGAGUCGAUUGUUAGGCGAAGAUGUACGGCGGCAGCCCAAGUGGAGAGGCUCCACAAGGUUGAUGCUCUUGGAUGAACAGCAUGCCAACAAAAUGCUCGACGAAAUGCCUCAGUCGAUUAAGGCAGUUUUUCAAGAACACAAUGGCCAUAUUGAACUUGUGAAGUGCAAAUUGACUCUGUUUUACAGUUAUUGGCAAUUAAAUGAGGUCUUGGAGGAGUUGCUACCAAGAGGAAUGAUAAUUCCUUCAGCUUUUGAAACAGUUGGGCACAUUGCUCACCUGAAUCUGAGUGAAGAGCAUCAUCCAUAUAAAAAGCUUAUAGGAAAGGUGUUUUUGGACAAGAAUAGGCCAAAAAUACAAACAGUUGUAAACAAAGUUGAUGCUAUUGACAAUGACUAUAGAACAAUGCAGCUGGAAGUUUUGGCAGGAAAUAAUUCACUUGUGACAACAGUAAUGGAGAAUGGAUUGCGAUUCCAUGUCGACUUAGCUGCAGUGUAUUGGAACUCAAGACUUUCUACUGAAAGGCAAAGGCUCAUCAGUUCCUUCACGCACCGCGAUGUUGUCUGUGAUGUUUUUGCUGGGGUUGGCCCCAUUGCUAUUUCUGCUGCUAAAAAGGUCAAGCGUGUUUAUGCUAAUGAUUUGAACCCUUGUGCUGUUGAAUAUCUUGAAAGAAACUGUGUCCUCAACAAACUUGAGAGGAGAGUUGAGGUAUUCAACAUGGAUGGAAGGAGAUUUAUUCAAACUAUUUUUUCCAGUGAGAGGACUCGACCUAUUACUCAAGUAGUCAUGAAUUUGCCAAAUGAUGCAGCUGAGUUUCUUGAUGCCUUCAGAGGGACUUUUCAUGGAAGGCGUCCAAAUAAAGCAUACGAUUUGCCAAGGCUUCAUGUUUAUGGGUUUUCAAAAGCUCAAGACCCGGAAUUCGACUUUGACACGCGCAUCAGAAUCGCAAUGUUGGAUGCUGCUUUUCCCAUUGAGAUGCGCAGAGUUCGUCUCGUCGCACCCGGAAAAUGGAUGUUGUGUGCAUCCUUCAUCUUGCCUGAGAGUGUGGCAUUUUCAAAAACAGGUUCAGACUCGUUAAUAUGAAGUGUGUAUAUAUUGACUCUUGAAUGAAUGAUCUGCGUUCAGAUUAUUUGAUAUCCACCAUAGUUGUAAACUUGUAAUGUAAUGCUUGUCAAAUUAUGACCAAACUCACAAAUGUGUUUCUAUGCAGUUAAAGAUUAGCGGGAUCA